GUUUACGUUAAAAAUGUAGUCUUUUUCCCCUCCUCUUAUCUCUUGUCAGAUAUAAAUAAAAUUAUAUUAUAUAGUACUAAAAUUUAAAAUAAAAAGAUAAAAAAAUGGGGUGUCUAUAAUUUGCAUGUUUCAGUACUUAUUAAUCUCAAAAUCUGAUCUUGAGUAUUUAAAUUCCAUUUACUUACUAUUGUAAUUAAUGCUAGUCAUUUCAAGAAAAGGGGAAAAAGACUCAAUUUUUAAGCUCAGGUUUCAUGUCGGUGCUGAUUCUUGAAAACUAAGUUUAAAGAUUCAACCUUUAGACCUAUUUUGUAGAUUUUUUUUUUUUGAGAGAAAAUUAUGGGGGAGACACAUAAUCAUGAACACAACCACCAGCCACCGCCGCAACAGGCGGCGGCGCCACCAGCAAUGCCACUUGGUUCAGCAAGAGGACCUAUGUUUCCUCCGGCAGAGCAACUACUUCAGCUUCACUACUGCAUACACUCAAAUCCUUCUUGGCCACAAACUGUUUUGUUGGCUUUUCAACACUACAUAGUUAUGCUUGGAACAACAGUAAUGAUUGCCACCGUGCUGGUACCUCAGAUGGGUGGGGGUCCGGGUGACAAAGCUCAAGUUAUCCAGUCUUUGCUUUUCACUUCAGGAGUGAAUACUCUUCUGCAAACGCUUUUUGGCACAAGACUUCCCACUGUGAUGGGUCCGUCAUUUGCUUACAUCAUAUCAGCUCUGUCAGUCAUUAACGAUCUCUCGGACAGUAAUUUCAGGAGUGAGCAUGAGAGAUUCAAGCACACUAUGAGAGCUAUUCAAGGGUCACUGAUAGUGUCUUCCUUUAUCAACAUAAUACUUGGAUAUGGCCAAGCGUGGGGAAAUCUUACAAGGUUUUUCAGUCCUGUAGUCAUUACGCCACUUGUCUGUGUUGUAGGUCUUGGUUUGUUUGGUAGGGGUUUUCCUCAGGUGGGUGAUUGUAUAGAGAUUGGCCUUCCCAUGUUAAUUCUACUUGUCAUUUCUCAGCAGUAUAUGCAACGUGUUCAUCCAGUUGCCCAAUCCAUACUUGAAAGGUUUGCUUUGCUCCUCUGCAUUGGGUUUAUCUGGGCUUUUGCUGCUAUUCUUACUGUUGCCGGUGCUUACAACCAUGUGAAGGAGCAAACUAAGAUGAACUGCCGAAUUGACCAUUCGUUCCUCUUGUCAUCGGCUCCAUGGAUCAAAGUUCCUUACCCUUUCCUGUGGGGGACUCCUAUAUUCAGAGCUAGCAAUGUCUUUGGAAUGAUGGGUGCUGCACUUGUAUCAGCAGCAGAGUCAACAGCAACUUUUUAUGCUGCAUCAAGGCUUGCAGGUGCGACCACCCCUCCGGCCCAUGUUGUGAGUAGAAGCAUUGGCUUACAGGGUAUAGGACAGCUCUUUGACGGGUUCUUUGGUGCUAUUGUUGGUACUACUGCAUCUGUUGAAAAUGUCGGCCUUCUGGGACUAACUCGUGUUGGGAGUAGAAGAGUUGUUCAGAUUUCUACUGCUUUCAUGAUCUUCUUCUCCAUAUUUGGAAAAUUCGGAGCAUUCUUUGCUCAAAUUCCUUUGCCCAUAUUUGCAGCUAUCUACUGCAUCUUAUACGGUAUAGUAGCUGCUAUUGGUAUUUCCUUCAUCCAAUUUGCGAACAAAAACUCCAUGCGGAAUAUAUACGUGCUCGGUGUCUCUCUAUUCCUCGGUAUAUCUAUACCUCAAUACUUUGUGAUGAACACAGAUAUAGCUGGUCAUGGACCUGUUAGAACUCCAGCUGGAUGGUUCAAUGACAUAUUGAACACAAUAUUCUCUUCACCUCCUACUGUUGCAACGAUUGUCGGGACAGUAGUAGACAACACACUCGAAGCAAGACACUCAUAUGACGAUAGAGGUAUUCCGUGGUUGGUUCCUUUCCAGAGGAGGAAAGGAGAUAGCAGAAAUGAGGAGUUCUAUAGUUACCCUCUUAGAAUUAAUGAGUACAUCCCAAGUAGAUUUCUGUGAUAACUUAUACAUCCAUGUAUAUGACUGUAUCAAAGCUGUAUGACAAAAUUUCUUUUUAGCUCUCCACUUUAGUCCAU